GAGGAUGUUCGCAGUGCCCGUGGAUCGAGCUCAAAGGCAUCACGGAAGGCCGGAGCGUCUCGAGGCGCUAAGCGCAAGGCUAAGACGGGGUCUGCUGCUGAGAGCGAGGACGAGGAUGUCACAGACGAGGGUGGAGAUGAAGACAAGCAGCAAGAGACCCCCAGCAACUCCGAUGGAGAGGCCACGGAGGAUGACGACGAAAGUGUCAGCGGGUUUGCUCCUGCACCGCCAGCAUCACAGUCCUCCGCUCGUGCCCUGCGCAGUCAGACAACGACGAAAGCGUCUCAAGCGCAGAGUGGUGAUGCCAUGGAGAUCGAUGAUGAAGCUGACGUACCCCCACGACGAGAACUACCGUUUGGUGGACGAAAGACCACGUGGAAGGAACCUUCGCCUCCGUCGUCGAAGAGCAACCCCCCGGCAGAAGAUGGAGGUGAUGAUGAAGAGACAGACGAUGAAUUAUGAUCACGAUGUUCUCGCAUGGAUGCUCGAUAGAAUCAUGGUAUUGAUGUGUUCUGCUAUGAAGC